GCAUUUAUACGAUUAUCUUUCGUUUUAUCGCUUAUUUUACGUCUGUCAUCCGGGGAACGAGGUUUGAAGUUGGAUGUUUGUUGUUCGGCGGUGGGCAGUAAAACUAAAAUUCCGUCAGGGGUUUGGGGUCUGGCUAUUUCACACUUACUUUGACCCGGGAUAAAUUUAAUAUGUAAACAUUUGGUGCUGUGAAGCAGACGAGCAGGCUUCAGGCGAGCGGGCUUCAAUCGUUUACUUCUUGCUUUGGUGUUGAAGAGAGUUGAGUUUUUGUAGGUUACAAAUGCAAGAAUGUCUUCUUCACAGCCUGUUGAGAUAGUUUCAAAAGAAAAGUUCAAAAGUCAGAUGGAGGAUUUAGAGGAACAUUAUGACAAACAUUUAAACGAAAAGCUUCCUGAGUUUCUUCAUCGAGGAGAUAUUGUGGGUACCAACCGCCUCUUGGGAUAUGCGGAUGCCAUGAUGGCAACCUGUGCCAAAUUUUUGGUCAUUCCUCUCAGAAAUUUAAAAGAAAUGGAAGAACACCAAUCCCUGUCAGGUUUCAUACAUGAAAAUAGAGCUGAGUUUGUCAUGUUUUUUCUUGGAUUUUUAGUUGUAUUGACCAUCUGGGAAUCCAUAAAUAUUAGGUCAAUUGUAAUUAAGCGGUUGGAUGACUUUUUGGUUUUAUUUUUAAUUUUCAACAUGUUACUGGCUGCUGUCCUCCCCUUCUCACUAUCCAUUCAAGGACAUUAUCCUGACGAACAAGUGGCGAUUAUGGUGACAUGUGUGGUUCUGUUGCUAUUGGAAAUUGUAGAAUUAUCAGUCAUAUUUUAUGCCUUCGCAACCCCUAGGGUUCUCCAUAUGGCCACACAUCAUUGGUCCAAACAAGGCUUGAAAUAUUUUCGGAAUACUCUGUGCAUUAAACCUGUAGUUAACUCAAUAAUUAUUAUAAUAGGUGGGUUGCUCAGCUUAUUACAUUAUGUUGCUACAUGGAUUUUUAUUUCUUUGAUUAUUUUGAUGCCCCUUAUACGCAAGUUCAUCCUUCUCCUUCGACGUAGAAAUAAAAGUCAAACUGAGAUUGAGAAGUGUCAGUUUUUUUGGUAUUUUACACGUGGUAACAUAAGCAAAGAAAGAAUAGAGUGUAUGAGUGAUGCUGCUGUUGCGAUCAUAGCAUGUAUCUUGAUAUUGGACAUUACAGUUGAAGAAUUUCCCUCAAAAGAAAAAGUUGAAGCACAUGGAUUAAGCAAAGAAUUGAAACACAUGUCGACUGAGUUCAUUAUAUUUCUUGGGUGUUACACAACAGUUUCCAUGUUAUGGUACAUUAACCAUACCGUACUGCAUUUAUUUCACACACUAAAUGUUGUACUGCUCUACUUUCAAAAGCUCUUCCUGGCAUUUGCCUGUCUCAGUCCCUUAGGAAGUAAUAUGCUUUUCAAGUUUGCAAGCAAAAAUAAUGAUGAUACCAAGUUGGCAGUUCGAGUAACCGCAUCUUUUGUGCUUGUGUCAUGCAUUUUCAACUGCCUCAUGCUUGCAUGGGGAUUUUAUACAAAAAAAAAAUAUUUGCACAAAUGGGCAGUUGGUAAGUGUUGGAGAAGCAAUUUGAGGCAACACCUUUAUGUUGUAUUAAAGGUUUUGACCAUCCCAGUGUGGACGAUCGUGUGUUUGCUUGGAACACUCGGUGAUGCCAGCAAUGUUAAGUAUGUAACCUUUGCAACGUUUGGUGGUGUUGUCCUCACAUUUAUCGUUUUAAAAUUUAUUUUCAUGAAUCACAUUGGAAAGGAAUUCUAUAACCCAGACACUGAUCCUAGAGAAGCUAAGCUGCGACAGCAAGAAAAAGCAAUUGGUGAUGAUCAAACUGAAUUUUACGAAAUUAAAGGUGAUGCAAUAGAAAAAAAUAAUUACAGUGCUGAAAAUACUGUACUGUAAUUGUACCUUUUUGUAUCAAAGUUGUUUUGUUUUUUUGCUUGAAUUUCUAUGUAUUGUUUUAUGUAAAAAUUCAUAGAUGGAUAUCUGCCUAUUGGAAAACAACGGAAAUUUAUCUAAUUGAUGAAGGAGGGGGGAAAUCCAACUUAAGUAUUUUAUAGCUGUUUUGAUAUAUUGGAAGUAUUUAAUCUACGUGCACAAUUUUUAUUUAGAUAUGGUGCACUUUUUAUCUAUAUAUUUAUCCCACUGUAAAUCUUGUAUUCGUAAAUCUUUAUGUACUCGUUUUUGUUCAUAAUUAUAUCAAACAUUUUUUAUUGCGACUACCUUCCUCUAUUAAUUUAAUCAGUACAAAUCAAAUAUAAAUUUUUUAUUAGAAAGUAAGUUCAUUUAUUAAAAGGAGGUUUUCUUUAAAAUAACAAACUUAUUGAUUGACAUAAAUUUUUUUUGUGUGGUCGAGGUCAUUAGAUUAUUUUUUUAAGAAACUUGUAUACCUAUUAUAACCAAUUGUCACUAUACCAAUGUAUCCGCAUUUGAAUAUAAUCAUUAUAAAUUAUAAAAUAAACGA